AUGAACAGUAACUGGUAGAAUGUAUUUAAUUGGAUUCAUGUUUCUGGAGCUUUGAUAAGUUAAGACAACGAGAAUAUUUAGAUUGAUCUUGUACCCUAACGAAAAGAUGUUUCUAAUGAAUUGCCUAUGGAAAUCAACCCUUCUGUUGUGAUUAAGAAAUAACUAAAUUACGAUGACGAAGUUGGUUGGAGUUGGCACAAAUCAUGGAAUUUACCUGAAAUUGAAUAUAAUAUAAAUGUACAUAUGCAUUCUUAGGUUUAUUAGUGGGUGCCUUGUUAAAGCCAAUUGUAUUAAGCAACUUUAUUUGCAUAAAUCUUUGUAGUAAAAGCCUUGGAGAAGCAAUGCCACUUUAAAAAUUUAGGUAUAAAAGGAGAAUCAAAAAAAUAAAUAAUAGAACAAGAGGCCAACUUCAGAUGUUUAAAAUUUACAACAACUUCCUAUAAUAACGAAUAAUGUUAGCAUAAGAAAUUCCAUUUAAUGAUUGUUUUGUUUUAUUCCCCAGUAAAUGGCGAAAAAGUGGUCCUCAGCUCUAUAAUAUCUCCAGAAAUUUAUGUGGAUUCUAGAAAAUUUGCUAGAUUUCACAAUAUCCCUGUUCAUUAGCCUUCCUUUACAGAAUUAUUUCCUUAUGACUUACUUUAUUCAAUAAUUACAAAAAGAGACACAAAAAAUAGGUCUGUCAAGAUGAUUAAAAUAGAAAACUCAAUUGCGGGAUUUAUUAAUUAUUUUACUGCACCAAAUAUCAGAAAUAAAAUUAAACAUCCGAUAUUUUUGGCAUUAAGAUUCUCAAGUUUAAUUAAAUUAUUUGUUGAUUAAUAAUUAUUUUAUUAAUAAACUAAUAUUGUGACAUCGAUUUAAAUUCAUUUAAACAAUAUCAUAAAUAAAGUGGAAAGCCAAAAGAGAAUAAAGCUAUUAAUUUCAACUUAAAGUGAAGAUAAUAUACUCUAAAAAAAAGCAAUGGAACUAAUUUAAUAAUUAGAAAAUGGUUGCUACGAAAUUUAUACACAAUAAUGUUACUUACCCAAUAAUGUUGUCUUAAUAGAAGAUCAGCAAUAGCUUCUUCUGUAAUAUGGUGAGCUUUUCUAAAAAUCUUUGCAAUCGAAUUCUAAAAAUGAAAAUUCUACCCAAAUACAAACAUAAUCCAUAUCUUAAAUUGAGGAAAAUGUAGUUCAAAAGGUGAAGGUUGAGUAAUGUCCUAAUACACCCAAUAAUAAUCCUGUAUAAACAUUUAGAGAGAUAAUUCCAACACCAAAAUGUGAAUUUCAAAAUUCAAUUAAGAAAGAAGAGAAUUCAAAAAUUUAGGAUUAAAUCCAAUACAACAUUUAUUAACAAUACAAUAUUAAUUAGUCGCAAUUAUAUUUAUAAUCGUAUCUCAACCAAUCUUAUUAAAAUUAUGUGAAACUUCAAAAUUAAAAUUAUUUAAACUAGUAUUAUCAUCCAUAUCCAUAUACUAGUCCGUAAUAUAUUGUUUGGAAAAAUAUUUGA